ACCGAAACUCGCUGCUCGGCCCCCCAGGAGAUCGAGUCCGCCGGGAAGAUGUGGAAGGCGCCGGUUCUGCUCUGGGUCUUGGGAAGCGCAUCGGUCUGGGUCCUGGCACAGGCAGCUAACACCUUGGGGCCAGAAGAUGACCUUGUGACUCCAGGUGGGCAAGAGAGCACCUUGCCCCAAGGUGCAGAAGAUGAUUUGGUGACCCCAGGAGCCCAUGAAGAGUUCUACAAUUCUCCUGGCAUGACAACUCUGGUGGCAACAAGCACCAAGAGUGUAACAGAUGUUCCCCCUGAGGAUCGGCCAACCCCAGAAAGCACAGUCCAUGCCCAGGAAGGAAGUCAGAGUACCACAGCUUCAGACGUAGCAACUAGUCACUCCAUGGAGAAAGUGGGUGGAGAGACACAAACAACAAUUGAGAAAGAUGGUUUGGCGACAGUGACCCUGGUUGGAAUUAUAGUUGGGGUCUUACUAGCCAUUGGCUUCAUUGGUGGGAUCAUCAUUGUGGUUAUGCGAAAAAUGUCCGGAAGGUUCUCGCCCUAAAGAGCUGGUUGUGCCUACUGUCCAUACACUUUAAAAAGAGUUUCUGGCUUUCCCCCAUCCCUGAUCUUGUGGGAGAAGAUGACCCAUGGAAUGUUCGCCCGCCUCCCCCUCAAAAUCCAUGGUGAUCCUCCACUUGCCAAAAGUCACUGAAGGAAAAGACGGUUCACCAGACUUGGCUCCUCUAAGCAUUUGCCUUUUAAUUAAGAUGUUUUAAAUGUAAAUUUUAUAAAAGAUAAAUUAAAAGACCAAAUGCAUAGAAAAUGGAGCAAAGACUAUGAAAACUGAUUUGUAAGUAAGACAAUACCAGGCAAUCGAUGUUAGAAGCUGUAAUCAUGUGUCUUCAUUCUGACCACUCUCUGUUAUUGUUAAGAGGCAAAGGAAUCUGAAAAUAUUUAUAUCCAUGGAGUCCUUGGAUCCAGUGCUACGUCAGUACGUGACACCGGCAUUUUGCAAUUGC